CAUGUUGAUGUGUGAUUGAUCGAUGGAUCCCCGAUCCCCAGCCCGAUUCUUCGGGGGUUCACCAUCCGCGCGCGCUCAGGGCGGGUCGUGUGACGUCACGCGCGCCAUCAUCAGCAGAUCAGACGCUCGUGCGAGCCGCGCGACCGUAACGGCUAUCAUUGCGCUUCAAAAUCAUCAUUAAACAGCGCGAAUUGCGGCGGAAUAAAGGCGGCAGUCGCGAGGGUCACGAUGUCUGUGGCGGGACUGAAGAAGCAGUUUCAUAAAGCGACGCAGAAAGUCAGUGAGAGGGUUGGAGGGGCUGAAGGCACCAAACUGGACGAUGACUUCAAAGAGAUGGAGAAGAAAGUGGACACAACCAGCAGAGCUGUGCUGGACAUCAUGACCAAAACCACAGAAUACCUGCAGCCCAACCCUGCGUCCAGGGCCCGGUUGAGCAUGAUAAACACCAUGUCUAAGAUCAGAGGUCAGGAGAAGGGUCCGGUUUACCCUCAGGCUGAGACCGUCCUGGCAGAGGCCAUGUCGAGGUUUGGCCGGGAGCUCGGAGAAGAGUCCUGCUUCGGUUUGGCUCUGUUAGAUGCCGGUGAAUCCAUCCGUGAGCUCGGAGAGGUGAAAGACGCUUUAGAUAUGAAUGUCAAACAGAACUUCAUCGAUCCACUACAAAACCUUCAUGACAAAGACCUCAAAGAGAUACAGCAUCACUUGAAGAAGAUGGAGGGUCGUCGUUUGGAUUUCGAUUAUAAGAAGAAGCGUCAGGGGAAAGUGACAGAGGAUGAGAUUAAACAAGCUCUGGAGAAGUUUGACGAGUCUAAAGAGAUCGCAGAGCAGAGCAUGUUCAACCUGCUGGAGAACGAUAUCGAGCAGGUGAGUCAGUUGGCGGCUCUGGUUCAGGCUCAGGUUGAAUAUCAUCAGCAGGCGACUGAGAUUCUCCAGCAGCUCUCCAGUAAGAUAGAAGACAGAAUAAAGGAGGCGUCCAGUAAACCACGGAAGGAGUUUGUCGCUAAACCCCGUAUGGAGCUACAGCUGCCCAUCGAGAAUUACAACGGAGGUUUGAAAUCACCUGCACGCUCGCCAGCUCCGUUGGAUCAGCCGUGCUGUCGCGCGCUCUAUGACUUCGAGCCGGAGAACGAGGGAGAGCUGGCCUUCAAAGAGGGUGACGUCAUAACCCUGACCAAUCGGAUCGAUGAUAACUGGUACGAGGGCAUGAUCCACGGCCAGUCGGGAUUCUUCCCCAUCAACUACGUGGAUAUCCUGGUUCCUCUGCCCGCCCUCGCUGUUGCCUAGCAACCCAACAGCCGACUUUGUUGUGCAUCUGUGCUACAGCUUAACUGCCCGUUCCUGUUGAUGAGCGACUCUGAGGAUGAUGACAGACACUACAGCGUCACAUCUGAGUGAAGUGUGUGCGUGUGCUCCUCGUGGAUUUGUUGUUAUUAUGUUUCAUUGUUUAUAGUUGCCUUUCAGUUAUGGUAUGUUUGAUUUCUCGUCCUUCGUCUGCACGGGACACGCGCUGCCUGAGCUCUGUGUUUUUCUCAUCUCUUCUGUAUCACUAGGCCUGGCAUGAAUGCUGAUUUGUCGUCUAGGAAAGCACACACUCCUCACUCUUCAUGAUCGCUCUUUUCCACAUCCCAAUCCUUUUACGUCACAUAGUUCAAGAUGUUGGAUCAAUAGCUUUAUUUAGAUUAAGAGCACCUGACCACAUCACGUACAAUCCCUGUCGGCAGGUUUAUCUCGUGUGUCACGCUGUGAAAUCGCAUUGAUGGUGAAUUAUGAUGUCGUUGAAGCAGAAGCUCCUCUGAUUGGCUGUGUUUCUCAUGAGUUGACGUCUGGUUGGAUUUGUUGUCAGUGCAGGUGAACCCAAGCGUUCCGUUGGCUUGUUUAAGCGCUCCUCCUUGAUCAUUUGAAGGGAAACGUGAAAGCACAAUAAGGAUCGUGGAUGUUUUUUUGCUGUGAACAGAGUCUAGAGAUCCGUUCUGAAGAGUUUCUGCUGGAACACGUGUAGAACCACACACCGUCACAAAUCGACGUACCAUUUAUCGCUCGUUUCGUUUCGUUGAAGAUUUAUUUUUAGCCUAACGAAAUGUUAUUUUUGAAAUAAUGGCAAGAUUGUGUGGAAGCGAUUGCUGUAUGUGGCCGUGUGAGUGUAGAUUCUGGUGUAGGUUGAGUCGCUAGUGACGUGAUGAGCGCUUCAUAGAAUCUCGAUCAUCUCGAUGGCGUCUGUAGAACAGGCAUCUGUCCAUCAGAUCAGCGUGUUUGCCCUUCACUUGACCUCUGCCGUGACCCUUUCAUGAAGUUUUGUGCAGUCGGGGGUCCAGCGUUUGAGAUGUCAACACUGCCAAAAAUGACCCGUGUUUUCUAGUACAAAUAUGCACAAAUUCUGAAAUCAAGACACAUUUACCUGAGAAGCAAAGCAAUGUGAGAUAUUAGGACUUGCUUUUUCUGACCCCACUGUAUAGUUAAUGUAUCUUGAUUUAAAAACGUUUCGAUUUAUACUGAAAAACUAAAAAUUCAGAGUAAGAAAAUCGUUUUUGUUCAGUGAAUAUCAUCUUUUCUCGGUUGUGAAUUACAUCUGCAUUUUAAUCAGAUCACUGGUUUCAACACAAAAAUAAAGGAAAUAUAUUUUGUAUAAACGGGA